GCGUUUAUCUUUCACAGUUUGGCGAUGGUGAUUCGGCUGCAACUUGCAGGACGAACCGUGUCAGGAUCCUUAAUAGGAACUUCCAUGAAAAGCCUCAUGCCGUGAGUCCUAAAUGGUAUGCCUCAUCCAACGCUCUGCUCAGCUUUGCUAAUUGAUUGGUCAGAUUGAAUCAUCAAGCACACGAAAGAUAAUUAAUAUACAGUCCAUUUGAAGAUGUUAUCAUGAAAUCAUCUUCAUCCGAGGUCGAGCCUUUUGCUUUUAGGCUUUUAACCGCGCCUUUAGAUUCUAGCCAUCAGAUUCGACCAAUCAGCUUGUACGCACGUUCGGGAACAAGCCUUGACUCACAAGAUUUAGUGCAUAUCACGUGAACCAUGUGACAUCUUACUUGUUUUCUCGAAAAGGCUGCCUCUGAGAAUCGAGGGAGAGAAGAAAGAUCAUGGCCGCCCUUUAUGAAGGCAGUUGGCGAUCUUUUGCUACUGCGGCUGAGAUCAGGACCGUUGAUACAGAUAAACAAAUAUGGGUAUGCCAGUCAUUAUGGACAGACAGAAGCGAGGCGUUGAGUCCUUGAGUGCCUGAGAGAGCCUGUCCCGUCAACGUCUGGGGAAUGGGAUUCCCGAGGGCAUACAAGUCGACGCCAUUGAAUUUGCUUACCUCACGAGUGCUGCACUUCAUUUCAUCCAUUCAAUGAGUUUUACACUCAUUUUCAUCCAUUGGACGUUUCUGCAGUGAUUUUACUUGUGAGGUGAAGUAAGCUUUUCAGACAAGGCAGAGUGGUGUCCAACGCUCAUAUUCGUACUUGAUGCUAAUUCCGUCUGUUUCUAGUUAGUAUUAGUUUCUUCUUGUCAAUUAAUCCUUUUCUAAUUUAGCGCCGGUGUCUGAACUGCUUCCUUUCUAUUGUAACUCCUAAAUUCUUGGUAGUAGUCAUUGUUGCUGGGUAUUUUCCAGUCCUGAGUGGCUAUUUCCGCCUCAUGAUUUAGCGAUGGGAUCCCAGUUCUACGGCUGGUUCAGUUGGUUGUAUGCUACUCGUAGCCAUGGCGGCACCCAAAUCUACAUUGCUUCUCCAUCUUAUAUUUUGAGAUCUAUUACUGAACACUGGAUGUUGAAUUUUUCUGGCUUGCUUGUCUUCCCUUCCCUAUAGAAUCAAUUGGGUCUUUCUUUUCUUGCUGUCGCUUCAAUUUGAAACGAUCUCGGAGGAUGCGUUUACAGGCUGCACGUUUGUUGGCAUCUAAAUUGCUUCCCCAACCCUCUCGUUAGUUAUUUUCUUGUAGUCAAGCCUGUCCCGGGAAAAUUGUCCAGGUUCACUUAAGUCUCUCACCAUGAGGAUUGUUCUGCUAGCUCCCGCGAUAUUCCUUCUUUCUUGGCUUACAGGGCAAGAAGUCUUGGGGCAAAACACCACUGGUGUAGCUGCCAGGCAGAAGGUUGUGAACGUUGGUGCUUUGUUCGCCUUCAACUCCACCAUCGGGAGAGCAGCAAAAACAGCCAUUCAGGCAGCAGUCGAUGACGUGAAUGCAAAUCCUAGCAUUCUACAGGGCACAAAGCUUAACGUGGUGGCCAUGGAUACCACGUGCAAUGGUUUUCAUGGAACUGUGGAAGCUUUGGAACUUCUGGAGAAAGAUGUCUUGGCAAUAAUCGGUCCUCAAUCCUCAGUAGUUGGUCAUCUACUUUCCCACAUUGUCAAUGAGCUUCAAGUGCCUCUGUUGUCAUUUUCUGCCACUGACCCAACACUCUCUGCUUUGCAAUAUCCUUUCUUUCUGCGGACAACACAGAGUGACUAUUUCCAGAUGAAAGGAGUCGCUGAUCUGAUUGACUAUUAUGGAUGGAAGCAAGUUAUAGCUAUAUUUAUGGAUGAUGACUAUGGGAGAAGUGGGAUAUCAGCAUUGGGUGAUGCACUCUCAAUGAAACGUAUUAAAAUUUCCUAUAAAGCUGCACUGAUGCCUGGUGCUGAUGCAAAUUCCAUUAAAGGCACAUUGAACAAAGUUAAUUUGAUGGAAUCCAGGGUGUUUGUUGUUCACACAAGUCCAGAUUCAGGUUUAAAAAUAUUUUCUGUGGCUAAAAGCUUGGGCAUGAUGAGCAGUGGCUACGUGUGGAUUGCAACAGAUUGGCUAGCUUGUUUUCUGGAUUCAUCUGAACCAAUUAAGGGUAGCACAAAAGACAUUCUUCAAGGAAUUGUGGCAUUUCGUCAGCAUAUACCAGAUUCAAGCCUUAAAAAGAAAUUUUCUUCUAGAUGGAACUCUCUUGUUAAGCAGGGGAGAGCUGAUUCUGGUUUGAAUUCAUAUGCGUUUUGUGCAUAUGAUACUAUCUGGAUGAUUGCUUAUGCAAUCAAUGACUUUCUGAACGGAAAAGGGAAUCUUACUUUCUCCAAUGAUCCAAACCUGCAUGAUUUGAGUGGAAGCACACUUAAACUGUCAACACUCAAGGUAUUUGAUGGAGGCCAGCAAUUGCUUCAGAUAUUGACACAGACUAACUUCACGGGUCUAACUGGUCAGGUCCAGUAUAAUUCAGAUAAAGACCUCAUGCAUCCAGCAUAUGAUCUCAUUAAUUUUGCUGGAACAGGUUCUAGGAUAAUAGGAUAUUGGUCUAAUUAUUCUGGUCUAUCAAUUGCUCCACCUGAAAAAUUAUAUGAUAUGCCACCAAAUACUUCGAGCAGUAGCCAACAGCUUUACAGUGUUUUAUGGCCUGGUGAAACAUCGAAAAAACCACGUGGAUGGGUGUUCCCUAACAAUGGGAAGCCAUUGAGGAUUGGUGUCCCUUACAGAGUAAGUUACACACAGAUGGUAAAGAAGGGAAGUGGAUCCCAACAAGCAGAAGGUUUUUGCAUAGAUGUGUUUGAGGCUGCAGUAGCAAAGCUACCUUAUGCUGUACCCCACCGAUAUAUAUUCUAUGGAGAUGGCAAAAAGAAUCCAAGCUACAAUGAACUUGUUAAUAUGGUUGCAUCAAACAAAUUUGAUGCUGCUGUUGGGGACAUUGCGAUUGUAACAAACAGGACAAAAAUCGUUGAUUUUACACAGCCCUUUGCUGAAUCUGGUCUUGUUAUAGUUGCUCCAGUGAAGGAGAUCCAAUCAAGUCCGUGGUCUUUCCUCAAGCCAUUCACAUGGCAGAUGUGGUUGGUUACUGGAGUUUCAUUUCUCUUUGUUGGUGCGGUCAUUUGGAUACUUGAGCACCGAACAAAUCAAGAAUUCCGAGGGCCACCACGACAGCAGCUGGUCACAGUGUUUUGGUUUGGCCUUUUAACAAUGUUUUUUGCUCACAAAGAGAAUACAGUUAGCGCACUGGGGCGUAUGGUGCUAGUGAUAUGGCUGUUUGUGGUCCUUAUUAUCAACUCAAGCUACACUGCAAGUUUGACAUCAAUUCUCACAGUGCAGCAGCUUUCAUCUGGGAUUGAUGGGCUAGACAGCUUGAUCUCAAGUAAUUAUCGAAUAGGAUAUCAAGUUGGUUCCUUUGCUAAACAGUAUAUGAUUGAAGAACUGAACAUUGCAAGUUCAAGGCUGAAAGAACUGGGGGGACCUCAAGAAUAUGCUGAUGCUCUAUUGCUGGGACCAGCCAACGGGGGAGUUGCCGCCGUUGUCGAUGAACUUCCUUACAUUGAACUAUUCUUGGCAAAGAAUUGCAAGUUCAAGACUGUGGGACGAGAGUUCACCAAAAGUGGAUGGGGAUUUGUUUUUCAGAGAGACUCGCCCCUAACGGUUGAUAUGUCAACUGCAAUCCUCUCGCUUUCAGAAGAUGGUGACCUUCAAAGGAUGCAUGAUGAGUGGUUGCCACUGACUGGGUGUGCCAAAAAGACCGAUGAUUCAUCUCCCAACCAGCUUGGCCUCCAGAGCUUCUGGGGCCUCUUUCUCAUUUGUGGGGUAUUUGCCACUGUUGCACUUGCAAUCUUCUUUUUGACCGUGGCUAGUCAGUACAAGAAGUUCAGCGGCAGUAAUAGUGUGAGUGGUUCAUAUGACUCAAAUGGCAGAUCUAGGAAGCGAUCAUCUAGCAUCAAGGACUUCAUGGAGUUCCUGGACGUAAGGGAAGAUGAAGUUUGCAAGAGAAUUAAGAGUAUGCAGAGUGACAAGCAGCAGGAAAGCCUAAGUUCUUGGAGUCGUAGUUUUAAUGACCUAUCCUUAUCUCCUCCUUGACAUGGAAUUAUGAGUUGCUCCCAUGCAAGCCUGCCUAGAUAUAUGCAGAAAGGGAAAACGAAGGUUGCCGAAACCAACUUCUCUUUCCGCAGCUAAAUAUAUACAUCAGUUGAAGGCUCAAAACUUAGUGCUGAAAAAGCGCAGAAAAUUGAUGAGAUCAUUUCAUGAAGGCGUAACAGACCAUGAUUUGAGACUCCUUUUGUUAAACUCAGCUCUAGUCAAAUUGGCUGUAAACUUCAUUCAACGUUCUGAUGACAUUGCCGAUUUUCUUCUGUACUUAGGAGUAGUUGAUCUUAUGAAAAGUCUGAUAUUCCUUGAAUUGAUGGCACCCUGUCUGGGAAAGUAAACGAAGUCGUUUGUUCUGAAAAAUUCACUUGGAGUUGAGCCACCAGCAAUUCGUCAAGGUACCAAACCAAACAUGGAGUAUGGUGUGGAAGGUGCUUGGUUGGGCAUGUAUUGCUCAUGUAUUCUCCCGAUAACUGUAAAUAAUGCUGCUAUUUUUUAUACUUGCACGUAUUUUGUGAAAACUGUGUGGGAAUGUAAGCAUAUGUUUCCUUUUAUAGUAAGAUACCAUACAAAAUUCAUGAUAAAA